GGCAGCACCACCUGUAUUACGGUAACACCACGUAUUACGGCAGCACCACGUGUAUUACGGUAACGACUUCACUGUACGCUGUGGCGGAAGACGAGCCGCUGUGAACGUCCCCGGCUUCAGGAAGGUGAGACGGCGGGUGGAACAUGGAGUGUAUUCAAGUAACCACUGAUGAUUUGGAGGUGAAGAAGGACCCAGUCGUUGAGGACCCAGAGCACAAUGUGUACACCAGGUUCAUGAAGUCCCACCGGUGUUACGACCUCGUACCCACCAGCUCCAAACUGGUUGUGUUUGAUACAUCACUUCAGGUGAAGAAGGCGUUCUUUGCACUCGUUUCCAACGGGGUGAGAGCAGCUCCUCUGUGGGACAGUAAGAAGCAGUGCUUUGUUGGAAUGCUAACCAUCACAGACUUCAUUAACAUUCUUCAUCGCUACUACAAAUCUCCACUGGUUCAGAUAUACGAGUUGGAAGAGCACAAAAUUGAAACAUGGAGAGAGCUGUACCUUCAAGACUCCUUCAAGCCCUUGGUUAGCAUAUGUCCCAGUGCCAGUUUGUAUGAUGCAGUAUCAUCUCUGCUGAAGAACAAGAUCCACAGAUUGCCUGUAAUCGACCCGCUGACAGGGAACACACUCUAUAUUCUCACACACAAGAGGAUUCUCAAGUUCCUGAAGCUUUUUAUAUCAGAGAUGCCAAAACCUUCGUUUUUGAGUCAAACCUUAGAGGAAUUGAACAUCGGAACUUUUAAGAACAUAGCGGUGGUGCGCUCAGACACUCCACUGUACACGGCGCUGGGUAUUUUUGUGGAGCAGCGGGUGUCAGCCCUCCCCGUUGUGGACGACAAAGGUCGAGUGGUGGAUAUAUACUCAAAAUUUGAUGUUAUAAACCUGGCAGCAGAGAAGACGUACAACAACCUGGACGUGACUGUGACCAAAGCCUUGCAGCACCGCUCUCAGUACUUUGAAGGAGUUCUGACCUGCAACAGGCACGAAAGCCUUGAGGCCAUCAUCGGCAGACUGGUGGAGGCCGAGGUGCACAGGCUGGUUGUGGUAGAUGAGCAGGAAGUGGUGAAGGGAAUCGUCUCUCUCUCAGAUAUUCUCCAGGCACUAGUGCUUACCGAUGAGGAAGAGGGCACGGCUUGAGGAAGGAACACGAGGAAAGGCCACAGUUUCAACAGAAAACUGCUCAAACGGCACAAAGGGAGAACACGGACAAAGAGACAGAGACAGGGAAUCAUCAUCCAUCUCCUCUAACAAGGUUUCCUCUAUUUGCACAAGAAUUCAUCUGCCUCUGUGCAAAAAUAUGAAGUUCACUAAGUUUUGGCAACCCAGCAAUGUAUAAUUUUAGUUGUACAAGACAUUUAAAGAAGCUCUUGUAAAUUGAGCCAAAUUCCAAGUCAGCCGAGUGUGACGAGAAAGAUGCGAAAGCACAUAAAACCUUUGCAACUCAGGAUGACCGACAUCAUUCCCACCAUAAAGGCUGUUGGGAAAAAGGUAUUCCUGACAAUAUAAAGUAGUAGUAGUAGCCAGAUAAAAUAAGCAUUCAGAAAUUAGCUAAAGGAAAGUUGAUUUACCUGUAUUGCCUUUUGUUGGCAGCAUUUCAUUUCUAUAAUAAGGUUGACAUUUAGAUGCACAUUGAGCCGAUCUAAGGACUAUUUUAAACACUGUGUAGCUUUAGUGUGUGGUGUUAUUCGUAACCAUCACUCACUAAAGCAUGAAAGACAUUUGCUUGUGCCCUUUUCUUUGUACAUAUGAGAACUUUGUCGUUAUUCAACUUCUAGUUUUUUCAUAUCCAGUUGGCUUAAUAAAUUAAAUGCAGGUAGGUAGAGGCUUGAGCUGUUGAGUCUUUUUUUUCUUAACCUGAACAACUACAUUCUUCCAAUUUUCAAAGAUAAAUUGAUGGUUGUAUAGUCACUUCUGUAUCUACCCAACCUGUAUGUAUCAUGCACAUUGUACAUACAGCCACAAACUACCCAGAUGCUACUUUUUCAAGUAGAUUGGAAAAUCAUUGAGCAUAAUUUAUCAUUCAAACACUAGGAAGGUCAUUGAUAUGAUCAGUUGUCUGCACUGAAAACGAUCUCACAGAUGUAAAAUUAAAAAGAACUCGUCAGAACAAUCUGGAACAACACUCACAGGCUCCCAAGAUGACCUCACCUGUGAAGUCUAGUACAGCAUCGUUUCACCUGUUCUAGGCAACCCAGUGUACAAACUCUGAAUAUUUAUGGCUUUUCUGCUCUGCCAUUUUGUCUGUGUUGUCAUGUGUAAUUAAAUGUACAUGGAUUGUACAUUUGACUGUAGAGACAUUUCUUUCUGCAGGUUUUGUUAGUUACUCUUUGGGGUUUGGCAUUAUGAGCAAUAAAGGGAUUUGAAAGCAUUUGGUUUUUUGGAAUGUGGACCAUCACUUGAAAACUAAUGUUCAAAUUAACAGCUGCUCAAUUAUUCAUUUUCUGAUGUUAAACGUUAAUGGAGUGUUUAUGUUGAUGUCAGAAUAUCAUAUGUUAAAGGUUUAUUCAGCUGUUUUUUGUGUCUAAGGAUCGUUAUCAAAAUCACUAAAAACCAGCAUUUCCUCCUGAAGAGAACAGGCCCUUAACACACUUUGCUUCGGUAUACAUGAUAUAGAAUGUGUACAACUGUAUGUAAAUGCAUAGUUUUUGUACUAAUCUGCAUUGAGAUUAUAAUUUAAAGGAUGAGCAAUAAAGGUUCUUUGAAGUUUGUUGUAAA